AUGGACAACCAGGAGCAACCUGAAAUUACUGUUUCUCCCCCACCGGAUCCUGUCAUGUAUUCCAGUAAUACCGCACAUUCUCAGGACAUUCCUUACGAUCCUUUGCCCUUAACUCAAGAUCCUUCCAGGAACUCAAUUUACCAUGAUCCUCCCUCCCCACAUGCUUCGGGUUUCGAAACACCUCCAGUCGAAAUGUCUUAUUUUUCUGACAAUAUUCCCGCUGGUGCAGCCCAGCCACGCUUUCUUGGUGCGGCUUUGUACGACGAUCCCUCUCACAAUUUUCGAGAUUCUUUCGCAUCCCAAAAUACCCAAAAUACUUUCAGAACCGCACCUUCCGCUGCCAACUCAUCUGUCUAUGCCCUAAACCCUGAUCCUUCUGGUCCUGGAGCAGAACAUUCUGGCGCCUAUCAUGAUGACCCCCAUGACCCCGAGUACAUCCGCCAGGGUGGAAGUCCCGACGCUCCCCGUUACCUUGCUGAGAAGCGGUCAGCAUACACCGUCUCACGCUUAAAGUCCAAACGUGGACUCAUCAUAGCUGGCUCGAUUCUUGCAGCUGUGAUAGUGCUGGCUGCUAUCGUUGUCCCCAUAUAUUUCGUCGUGAUCAAGCCCAAAUCAUCGUUCAACAGCUCCGCCAGUCCUAGCAGCCCUACCUCAUCCUCGACCUCGAGCGGCCAACCUUCCUCUUCCGUGGCUGUUGUCACUGGUGGCGAUGGUAGCACGAUCACGAUGGAGGAUGGUACCAACUUCACCUACUCGAACCCUUUUGGUGGUACUUGGUAUUGGGAUCCUUCAGACCCAUUCAACAACAAUGCUCAGGCUCAGUCAUGGACGCUUCCCCUCAACCAGACCUUCAGGUUCGGUAUCGAUAAGAUUUAUGGUGUCAAUUUGGGUGGUUGGCUUACUACGGAACCUUUCAUGCAAGUCUAUUCUUGCUGCUGGGAACUUAUCGCACCCGCUCUUUAUGAGAAAUACCUGACUGCCAGCCCUCAAGCAAUCGAUGAGUGGACACUGAGUGAAGCCAUGGCCGCUGAUACAUCGGCAGGUGGCGGUUUGCAGCAGCUGGAAACACAUUACCAAACGUUCAUUACGGAGCAAGAUUUUGCCGAAAUUGCUGGAGCAGGACUGAACUUCGUUCGCAUUCCCCUUCCAUACUGGGCGAUUGAAGUACGAUCAGGCGAACCGUUCCUCCCCAAGACCUCAUGGACAUAUUUCUUGAAGGCUAUUCAGUGGGCCCGCAAGUAUGGUCUUCGCAUCAACCUCGACUUCCAUGCGCUUCCUGGAAGCCAGAAUGGAUGGAAUCAUUCCGGCAAGUUCGGGACGGUCAACGUUCUUUACGGCCCGAUGGGUAUUGCAAAUGCUCAGCGGUCACUGGACUAUAUCCGGAUCAUUGCAGAGUUCAUCUCUCAGCCUGAGUACAAGGAUGUUGUUGUCAUUUUCGGCAUUACAAACGAGCCUCAAGGGACUUCCAUAGGCCAGGAUGCCCUCUCUCGGUUCUACAUGCAGGCAUACGAUUACGUCCGCGAGGCUUCGGGUACUGGGGAAGGCAAUGGUCCCUUCAUUUCCUACCACGACGGAUUCCUCGGUCUUCCUCAAUGGGCCGACUGGCUCCCGAAUGCCGACCGCAUUGCUCUCGAUGAUCAUCCUUACAUUUGUUUCGACUCCCAGUCUGCUGCCCCUAUGUCGUCUUAUGCUCAGACUCCUUGCUCUGACUGGGGUAGCAUGAUGAACACCUCCAUGGGCGCAUUCGGGUUAACAGCUGCCGGAGAAUUUAGUAACGCUGUCACUGACUGCGGUCUUUAUGUUAACGGCGUGGGACUUGGAACACGUUACGAGGGUACAUACACUCCGGGAACCUGGCCUGUCGUUGGGAACUGCACGCCGUGGACGGACUGGCAGAACUGGGACUCGACCAUGAAAUCUGGCAUCGAGCAAUUUGCUUUGGCCAGUAUGGACGCUUUGCAGAACUGGUUCUUCUGGACAUGGAAAAUCGGAAACUCUUCUGUUUCUGGUGUCGUCGAGUCACCACAAUGGUCGUACCAACUCGGUCUGCAGAAUGGGUGGAUGCCCAAAGACCCUCGCGUUGCAUCGGGGACCUGCGCAAACCAAGGCAUAUGGAGUCCUCCUCUCCAAGCAUGGCAAACAGGAGGGGCAGGUGCAGGCCAGAUUGCUGCGACCGUUACUGCAUCGUACACCUGGCCGCCUGCCAAGAUCAGUAAUGCCGGUGCUGUAACCUUGUUGCCCUCCUACACGCCCACAGGAACUGUUGCAACUCUUCCUCCUCCUACGUUCACUUACUCUUCUGGUUCUUCUGUUAAGACCGCCAAUGCUGGCGAUGGCUGGCAGAAUCCCUCUGACACCGCAAGUGGGAUGGUUGCCAUUGCGACGUGCAGCUAUCUCAAUCCAUGGGUUGGGACCGCCUCACCACCUUCGCCCCUUUGUGGUGCCGCCGCACGAGCGGUUCCUGAGCCGCUUAUCACCCCAUCCCCUCGUCGCCAAUCAUAA